CUCCUUUUAAAUGUUGGUCUUGAUCAGCCAGAUCAAUUGAUAUUAUUCAGAAUAUCGAGUAGAAAGAGCAUUGAUCCUUAAAAUAUUGUUGCUGUCGCCUUGCAUGACAUGAGAUCUAUACGAACUGUAUCAGGUUGUCACUACCCAAAUUUCGCGGUCACAUAAUCCUCAGUUAUCUCACCAGCAUUGAUCACGUCUUGACUACACAUUGAAUAAUAAUAUGCCUAAUACUGGCCGGCCAAGUCAGGCCUGUCAUUCUUGUCGAAAGCGGCGCAUAAAGGUCUGUAGAUGCGAUCUCACACGUCCUCAUUGCUUUCGGUGUCUACGAAGCGGUUAUCCAUGUCCUGGCUACAGAAAUGAAGAAGACACCCGCUUUCGCGUAGAAACAACAGCGUCUUUUCGAUCUAACAUUGGCAAAGAUCGUCGCAGCACUAGCUGGACUUCGAGAAGCAUUAUUCCCGCAGGCAACGAAUACAGUUCAAACACUACAGUUAGCAUCUUACCUAGUACCGAUAUAGAGUAUGCUGCUCUCCAUAUCACAGGCGUUCGAUAUGAACCUGAUGGUGGAUUCGCAACUUCAUCUACAUAUUAUAGUCCUCCUUUGCAAUACCUCCUGGCAGACUCCCGGACUGAGCACUCUAUACCACUCCUGAUUCAUCAGUUCUCAUCUCAUAUUGCCAUUGGCAGUGCCCCCGAUUCGUUUAUCGCCCUUUCGCAUAUUAUGUCCAAUGCUAAACAAGGAUCACCUCUAUAUUACGUCUGUAAAACUUUGGGGUGCUCUUAUUUAUUAAGUGCCACUCGCUCUCGUGAUAUUAUAGGACAAGCAGAAUCCUAUGCAAAUACUGUCGCAGCUAUCAAUUCAGCUCUCCAAGAUUCUGAAGAAUGCAAGGCAGACGGCACUUUAUUAAGCGUCUGGCUGUUGAGGCUAUAUACGGUCCUUUGGAGCACGCAGGAUGGCAUCGGUUCUAUCGUUGUCACUUGUGAGUCCGAUUCCCACAUUGAAGGAAUGCUGCAAUUAGUUCGUCUUCGAGGUGUAUCUCAGUUUCUGCGACCGGAAGGUCAGGACCUUUUCUGGAAUGUAUUAUUUACUCUGCUACACCGAACGUUGAUGACUGGUGGGAACCCUUCUUCAGAAAUAUUGAAUUGGAUCAAUGAAAUCUACUGUCACGGCGGACAACCUUCAUACGGGACAGCUCUUGUUGGAAUGUUCUCAUACCACUGUGUUCGUAUCUGCAGUACUAUUCAAGGGCUUAUUAAACUAGGCGAUGUCAGCAAGUUAUUAUCUGAUUCCAGAUCCAUUAUAAACGAUAUCCAGACCGCGACUCAAUUAACAUCUCAUAAUCACCUAGAUACAAAAAAGGUGCAGGAACUAGUAUCAGCGCCAUCUCAACACGCCGACAAACUCGUCAAGUAUAACAUUUCUCUUAAUCUCUACCAAAGUGAAAUGAAAAUGCGACUUCUAUGCCAUGGGGUCGAGUUUCUACGUUACAUAUCUGAUACUCCAGUCUGUACAUCUCAACAAAAAGAUAACUUUUCUCGGAGUCGGGAUCAUUACAUUAGAGACUUCCAGGAUGAGGCAUACCAAGUCCUGUCCUUGAUUAUUUCCAUGUGGGAUAUGGAGUCGAUUGUUUUCUGUGAUGAGCUGAAGCAGAGAAAGAGUGGCACUCGUUCUGCAGAGUGGACUGAUGUAUUGCGAAUACUGAACCCGUUGGCGUUAAUUGCCCAGUCCAGCAUUUCGAUAGGUUGGCAGAAAACAGCUGCAAACGGUAUACUUGGUCUAAUGUACAAGCGCUUGCACUUUUUUUGAGCAUCAUGACUGGGUAUAUUUGUCCUUGUUUUGUGUCUACAUCAGUGGUACCGAAUUAAGGAAGCCAUAGUGAAUUUUGACUUUUAAACAGUCAGUCAAUUAUCACUAUCAGACAAAGACGAAUCAAUGGU